UCUCAAAUCCUCAAUCUCCAUCUGUUCCAAAAGUAGUGGCUUCUCAAUCAAAAUUAAAUGUUUUAAAUGCUCUCAACAACUCUUCUCGUACUAAAAACCCUGGUCUGGCUUCUAAACUUAACUCGGGUGCUUCCUCUUCUGAUGAUCGAUGUCCAACACCUGUUCCUCAAAAUCAAUCAAAUUCAUCCGGUCGUAACGUGAAUGAUGGUUAUACCCCUACUACUCGUCGUCUUGUGGAUUCAAACCGCCCUUCAUCCCCAUCUCCGGCUUUAUCCCAUCAACGACCUUCUCCAAAUUCUGGAAACCCCAAAAAUGUUUUAUACCGUCCAGUUAGUCAAAUUGUUUCCGAAUCAAAAAAUAGGUCAUCUUCACCACUUCUUAAACAAGUUACAACUAGUCGUCAAACUUCAUCACCAACCCCAUCAUCAAAUCGUCCUUCAACUCCUGCUCGCCCACAAUCUCCUGCUCUUACCACAUCACGUGCUUCGACCCCUGUAUCAAGUCAACCUCGACGUGUUCAUCCUAAUGAAAAUGUUGAUCCUUCUAUUCCACGUCCACCACCUCCAUUGCCUUCACCAGCCUCUGAUGCUGAUGUUGCAACCAUCCAAAAUUACCUUCGUCAUUAUCUCCGUUUAAUUGCUAAUUAUAGCACAAUGGAUAACCCUCUUAAAUAUUAUGAUCUUAAAGGGGUUAUCGAUGAAGGUUCAUCUGCUAAAGUUCAUACAGCGUUUCCAUUGAAUUCUAUUAAAGAUGAAGUCGCUGUAAAGAUAAUUCCUCUUGCAUAUUCUUUGGAAUUCAUUUUUAAUGAGAUCUAUGUUCUUAAACAUCUCAAACAUAAGAAUAUUGUUGCGUACAAAGAAAGUUUCUUAAGAUGGGAUGGUGAUAUCCGAGAAGUAUGGAUUGCAAUGGAAAAAUGCGCUCGUGGUGAUGUUACUAAUCGUGCUGGAAAGAUUACUCCCCGUGAAGUAAGUCGAAUUACUGGAGAGCUUUUGAAAGCUUUAAGACAUUUACAUGCCCAUGGUGUAAUCCAUCGUGAUAUUAAACUCUCCAAUAUCUUGGCUACUGCCGAGAAUGAAAUUAAACUUGCCGAUUUUGGCAUCUCCUCAUUGACUCCUACAUCGACCACUUCCGAGGUGGGCACGAUUCCAUAUAUGGCACCCGAUGUUAUUCGCGUUGCCGCCGACCGUCCGUAUGAUACCAAAGUAGACAUCUGGUCUUUGGGUAUCUGUGUUUUAGAACUUUUAACUGGCAAAGCUGCUUGGGGACGUGCCAGUGAUAUGGAAAUUAGGGAAAAACUUCGAAAUGGCGAGAAACCCUACGGAUUUCAACGUUUACGUAGUAAGAAAGAUGUUGAAAUUGGUUGGGAAGCCAUUGAUUUCUUAAGUAAAUGUUUCAUUGAAAAUUGUAAAGAUAGGUGGUCUGCCGAGAAAUUGUUAGAU